AUGCCAGAAUUUCUCCAAGAUAUUCAGCAUAGCAGAAUUUCUAACACUUCAAUCAAGACCCUUCAGGCUGAAGUCUCUUAUAAAAAAAGUAGCUUGAAACAAGAAUGCAAGACAUUUAUUAAGCAAUUAGCAUCUGAAAAAUCUAAGGAGUUAUUGACCAUUGCUUAA